CAUUUCACCAUCAACAAUAUCCAACAUUAAUUAUUAAACGUCCGAGACAGAAUUAGAUCAUGGAAUCCACAAAGGUGGCGGCGCUGGUGGUUCUGGUGACGGUGGCAGCUAUAUUUCCGGUGACAAGAUCGUUAACUUUAUGUAACAUGAACGACGAUGGGGUUAUGGCUUGUAAACCAUCGGUGACAAAACCAGAACCGGUGGCGCCGCCGUCAGAAGCAUGUUGCAACGCUCUAAAGGGAGCGGACUUGACAUGCUUGUGUUCUUAUAGAAACUCGCUAAUGUUGCCUGCUCUUGGUAUUGAUCCUGAUCUUGCUUUGGCUUUGCCUGCUAAGUGCAAUCUCACCCCUCCGGCUAAUUGCUAAGCUAGGGUUAAUAAAAUGUACGGUUAUCGAAUUAUAAGUUUUUUAUAUUUCGGUUAUACUAUCGUUUUAUUUGUUAUAUUUUGAUUAUUCAACUUUCAUUUUCCGUUAGUGCGGUUAAUAAUUGCUCAUAUGGCAACAGAAAUAUUGAAUGCACUAUAAUUUUUCGUGAGAUACAUAAGGGAUAAAUUCUAAAAAUAUCCGUUGUUGGAAAAAUGAAGUUGAAAAUGUAAAGCUUGUGCUUAUAUUAUUAUAAACAUCCUAGCGUUUGAAAAUGUGAUGUGUAAAGCAGAUUAUAUAGUGUAUGUUUGUGUGUUUA